CUUGUGCCACCGCCUCUGCCCGUCCCCGGAGAGCCCGAGCGCCAGCAGCCCGCGCCUCCCGCCCGUCUCCAGCCAUGGGCUGCUUCGAAUGCUGCAUCAAGUGUCUGGGAGGAGUCCCCUACGCCUCCCUGGUGGCCACCAUCCUCUGCUUCUCCGGGGUCGCCUUGUUCUGCGGCUGUGGGCACGUGGCUCUCGCGGGCACCGUGGCCAUCCUUGAGCAACACUUCUCCACCAACACCAGUGACCACGCCCUGCUGAGCGAGGUAAUACAACUGAUGCAGUAUGUCAUCUAUGGAAUUGCGUCCUUUUUCUUCUUGUACGGGAUCAUUCUGUUGGCAGAAGGCUUCUACACCACGAGCGCAGUGAAAGAGCUGCACGGGGAGUUUAAAACAACCGCCUGUGGCCGCUGCAUCAGUGGGAUGUUCGUCUUCCUCACCUAUGUGCUGGGAGUGGCCUGGCUGGGCGUGUUUGGUUUCUCUGCGGUGCCCGUGUUUAUGUUCUACAACAUAUGGUCAACCUGUGAAGUCAUCAAGUCCCCCCAGACCAACGGGACAGCCGGGGUGGAGCAGAUCUGCGUGGACAUCCGGCAAUACGGUAUCAUUCCUUGGAAUGCUUUCCCAGGAAGAAUAUGUGGCUCGGCCCUGGAGAACAUCUGCAACACCAAUGAGUUCUACAUGUCCUAUCACCUGUUCAUCGUGGCCUGUGCCGGAGCUGGUGCCACCGUCAUUGCCUUGAUCCACUUCCUCAUGAUACUGUCUUCUAACUGGGCUUACUUAAAGGAUGCAAGCAAAAUGCAGGCUUACCAGGAUAUCAAAGCAAAGGAAGAACAGGAACUGCAAGAUAUCCAGUCUCGGUCAAAAGAACAACUCAAUUCUUACACAUAAAUGUUUGCCAGAGGGUCUCAGCCGACGAAUUUAGAGCUCUGACAAAUCAUCAGACAGCUGCUCUGCAGUACAGAUGUGUACCCCACCAAACAAACUCAUGUAGAGGUCCAAACAAACACUUCACUAUCUGUCUCAAGCUGCUGGGAUGUAUUUCUAGGAAAACCUUCCAGUAGGUAAAUCUUUUUCUUUAGAACCGAUAUUGGAGGUUUC